CCCUGCAAUUCAGAUCAUCGACCAGGCUGUCCAUUACGCUCGAAUGAGAUGGCUCUUCGAAAACUCAUCUCGGAGUUUGAUGCCGAUUCAGAUGGUUACUUCACUCUUCUCGAACUCCGUCAACUCGGCCAUGACCUCUGCAUACCAUAUCAAGAGUUUCUCAAGUGGACUCGCACGCCAACUGGUGAAGAGUUGAAGGCUCUGCCAUUAGACACCGUUAUCGAGUGCAUUAAGGUCUUCGUGUCACGCCAAAUGAAGUCAAAACAGGCUCAAGAUCUCUUCAAAUUGGCUGAUAUUGAUCAGUCAGGAAAACUAAGUUUGACUGAAAUCAAGCGGCUCCUUGAAGCCUCUGAUUUUGAUGUUGAUGACAAGGAAUUGCAGAAGAUUUUCAAAAGAGUUGAUGUCAACAAAGACGGCGAGCUGGACGAUAAAGAAUUCCUUGACCUCGUCAAAUAUAUCAUCGAAAACAAGUGA